AUGGGUGAUAGGGCUUUAACCGAUAAGGAGUUGGAGGGAAUAAUUAAUAAUAUGAGCGAUUGUGAAUACGAAUCGGACGUCGAUGACUCAGUGGGUGAUCCAGACUUCGAGAAUUUCAGUUCAUCAGAAAGUACCGAUAGUGAAUUCGAUGCUGGCACUGCAAGAAAAAGAAAGAAGCUAGAAAUUUGUGUGGAAGCAAAUGCAAAUGUCGGGGCUAUAGACACUCCUGUUGACAGUGAAGUGAAUUUGUCUGAAAGCAGCGAGAGUAGCUCAGAUGAGUGCAGCCCCAACAGAGAUGUAAGUGGAUCACAUAAAGUUCGAGUUAUCUGGAAUGAUUGUUCAGGAAAUUUGAAGGAUCAUCCGUUCAAUGCCAACCCAGGAUUCUCUGCAGAGUUUUUUGCGAAAAGAAGCGGAGAUGAGCCUUUAGACUUUUAUAAGCUUUUCUUGGCCGAUAUCAUACCUAUGAUAGUUCAAGAAACAAACCGCUAUGCGACGCAAAAAAUUAUAUCAUGCAUAGCAAAUGAAACUAUCCAAAAAAAUUCACUAUUAACUCACUGGAAAGAUACUAAUGAGUCUGAAAUAGUAGCAUUAAUAGGAAUGCUAAUUUGGAUGGGACUAGACAAAAAGCCGACACUGAAAGAUUACUUUUCGCGCAAUAUACUAUACAAAAAUGAUUUGGGAAAAUACAUUGGAAUGUCAAGAAUGCGGUUUGAAUUGCUUCUAUCAAAUUUGCAUUUUUCAGAUAAUGAGACAACAGAUCGUACGAAUCGCAUAUACAAAAUUCAACCAUUAGCAGACGGUCUCAUUACUAAUUUUCAAGCUGCAUGUAUUCCCAAAAAAGACGUAUGUAUUGACGAAACAAUGAUUCCAUUCAGAGGCCGACUUAGCUUUCGUCAAUACAUACCGGGUAAACGACAUAAAUACGGAGUAAAAAUUUUCAAACUGUGUGCGGAGAAAGGUUAUACAUACAACUUAAAAGUAUAUUCAGGCAAGGAGGACAACCCGACUUCACAGUCAGUUGCUAGUCGCGUAGUUCUCGAACUUAUGGAGCCUCUCUUAGAUUGCGGACGUCUACUAUGCACAGACAACUUUUAUACUAGCGUUAGCCUCGCACACGAACUUUUGGAUAGAAAGUCACACCUUAUUGGGACUCUGAGAAAAAAUAGGAAAUUUAAUCCAAAGCCAAUUACAGAUGCAAAACUGGAAAAAGGGGACUUGAUUGUACGUGAGAGUAAUACCCAUGUGAUAGUGGGAAAAUGGAGAGACAAAAGAGAGGUCUUAUUUUUGACGACCGAAGCAGUGCCUGAAAUGACUGGCGUACAAACAAAACCAGGUGUUGUAAAAAAACCAUCUACUAUUGCAAAGUAUAAUAGUAUCAAGUCUUUUAUAGAUGUGUCUGACCAAAAGGCUUCCUACUCGACUACUGUUCGACGCGGAAUAAAAUGGUAUAGAAAGGAGGCCAUAGAAAUACUCACAAAUACUGCAGUUGUGAAUGCUCACAUAGCAUAUAAAUUUUUUACUAAAAAAACUAUAAAUAUAACCAAGUUCAGGGAGGAGCUUGUAAACAAACUUUUCAAUGAGAGGCAUAAUAUUAUAGAUAUUCCAUCUGAAGGGAUCUCUAGGAAUCACAAAAUCAUCGAGAUAACAUCAAGGGGUAGAUGUACCAGAUGUUACAAAGCUAAUAGUGAAAGAAAUGGUCGAGCCUAUGCAAUGGCAAACACUCCUAGGAUUAAAAUGCAUUGUCAGGGGUGUGAACACAAAUUUUUAUGUAUGAAGUGCUUUUUCGACACUCACAACUGCAGUUUACGUAAAUGA